CCCCACAUCAAAAACCCCUCUCCAAAAUGGCUAAACCAUCAUUAUUCGUAUCUCUUCUUCUUUUGGUUUCUGUUUCAUUGGUGGAAUCUCGUCCGCCAUUUGCAUGCGAUCCCCAGAACGGGUUGACCAGGAGUCUGAAAUUCUGUAGGCUGAAUCUGCCGAUUCAUGUGAGGGUGAGGGACUUGAUUGGCAGGUUGACGUUGCCUGAGAAGAUUAGGUUGUUGGUUAACAAUGCUAUAGCCGUGCCCAGGCUGGGGAUUCAGGGCUACGAGUGGUGGUCCGAGGCUCUUCACGGCGUCUCCAAUGUCGGUCCCGGAACUAAGUUCGGUGGCGCUUUCCCUGGCGCCACCAGCUUCCCUCAGGUCAUCACAACCGCUGCUUCCUUCAAUGAAUCUCUAUGGGAACAAAUUGGACGGGUGGUAUCGGAUGAAGCUAGAGCAAUGUACAACGGAGGAAUGGCCGGUUUGACGUACUGGAGCCCCAAUGUUAACAUAUUCCGAGACCCGCGGUGGGGCCGAGGCCAAGAGACUCCUGGCGAAGACCCUGUUUUAGCCGGCAAAUACGCCACCAGAUAUGUCCGUGGCCUCCAAAGUCCAAUGGGGAUCCGCCUCAAAGUCGCCGCCUGCUGCAAACACUACACCGCAUAUGACCUUGAUAAUUGGAAGGGUGUGGACCGGUUCCAUUUCAAUGCUAGGGUUAGCAAGCAAGACCUGGCGGAUACAUAUGACGUGCCGUUCAAGGCAUGUGUGGUGGAAGGCAAAGUUGCAAGUGUGAUGUGUUCUUAUAAUCAAGUCAAUGGGAAGCCCGCUUGUGCUGACCCUGAUCUACUUAAGGGCACCAUCCGAGGUCAAUGGGGCCUUGCUGGGUAUAUUGUAUCGGAUUGUGAUUCGGUUGGUGUCAUGUAUGACACUCAGCAUUACACGGAUACCCCAGAAGAGUCUGCUGCAGAUGCCAUUAAAGCAGGUUUGGAUUUGGAUUGCGGACCAUUUUUGGCAAUCCACACUGACAUGGCAGUGAGGAGGGGCUUGAUAUCUGAGAAUGAUGUCGACUUAGCUCUGGCCAACACCAUUACGGUCCAAAUGAGGCUCGGCAUGUUCGACGGUGAGCCAUCAGCCCAGCCUUAUGGGAACCUCGGCCCGAGAGAUGUGUGUACCUCGGCUCAUCAACAACUUGCUCUUGAGGCUGCCAGACAAGGCAUAGUUUUGCUAAAGAAUUCUAGGUCUCUGCCAUUGUCCACUACACGUCAUCGCACUGUUGCAGUAAUUGGACCCAACUCUGAUGCCACAGUAACGAUGAUAGGAAAUUAUGCAGGGGUGGCAUGCCGUUACACGAGUCCAUUGCAAGGUAUUGCAAGGUAUGCAAGGACUGUUCAUCAAGAAGGGUGUUCAGGUGUAGCUUGCGUUUCAAGCAAUCUGUUUGAAAGAGCAGAGGUAGCAGCUCGCCAUGCGGAUGCAACCGUGCUUGUAAUGGGGCUUGACCAAUCUAUAGAAGCAGAAUUCAGGGAUAGGGUAGGGUUGCUCUUGCCUGGACUCCAGCAAGAGCUCGUUUCCCGCGUGGCUCGAGCCUCUAGAGGCCCAACCGUGCUGGUCUUAAUGUCAGGUGGUCCUAUUGAUGUCACAUUCGCUAAGAAUGAUCCUCGAAUUAGUGCUAUUAUAUGGGCAGGGUACCCAGGCCAAGCUGGAGGAACCGCAAUUGCAGAUGUUUUAUUCGGAACAACCAAUCCAGGAGGAAAGUUGCCAAUGACAUGGUAUCCACAAGAUUAUGUAGCUAAAGUCCCAAUGACAAACAUGGGGAUGAGGCCAUCAAGAGGCUACCCUGGAAGAACCUACAGAUUCUACAAAGGUCCAGUUGUGUUCCCCUUUGGUCAUGGCUUGAGUUAUACAACUUUUAAACACUCUUUAGCCUUAGCUCCAACUGAUCUCUCUGUACUUCUUGACACCAACCUGUUUGCCACCAAAAACUACUCAUUCUCAAGUAAUGCCAUAAAGGUGAAACAUGCCAAAUGCGACUCACCGUCGUCGCUUUUUCACAUCGACGUUGAGAACACUGGCAAUAUGGACGGAACUCAUACCUUGCUUGUCUUCUCUACACCCCCUGCCGGACAAAAAUGGUCUCCGGACAAGCAAUUGAUAGGUUUUCGUAGAGUUCACGUUGUCGCCGGGUCUAAGCAACGAGUUAAGAUCAAUGUUCAUCCCUGCAAUCACCUUAGCGUUGUGGAUGAAUCCGGAAUUCGAAGAAUUCCGAUGGGCUCACAUAGUUUACACAUUGGUGAUCUCAAGCAUUCUAUUUCUGUCCGAGCAAAUUUGGAGGGCAUUAUGGCCUAAACUCUAAAAGAGUAAAGGAAACUAUAUAGAAACCCAUACUUGAGAUAAUUUCCACUGCACUUCCAAAAGGGAAGAAAGUGGUUAUACUUUCUUUAAUAGCGUUUGGAUUUUAAUAAUUGUAAAAUAGGGAUAUUGAGUUACCAAUCUAUUUUGUUU